AUGUUUCUUAUUGCGACGUUCUUCGUAUUUUUGUUGCUAAAUAUACCUUUUAAUGCAGCUGACUUACUAAGUCAUCGGCCGUCGUUUCAAAAUUUUCAGGAACAUCAUCCCGAUGAAGGUCUUCUCGAGAUUUUUUUGAAUCCGACGUCGAUCAUUUCGAACGUAGAUCAUGCGGCGGUCACCAAUGUUCUUGAGGUGGAUUUGAAAGCAGAUGAUCUAAAUUAUGAGCUUUAUACCAAGGAUAAUAAAGAGCAAUCUUUUUCUCUACGAGUGGGCGAUUCUGUCCAAUUAAAGGAUUCACCAUUCAAUCCUGAAUGGCCAACCAAGAUCAUCAUUCACGGAUGGACAGAUAACGGAAACACUUUUUGGCUGCAUGAUAUUCGACGAAAUUAUCUUAGUGUUGGGGAUUAUAAUAUAAUUUGUGUAAAUUGGUUUGUCGGUUCAACCAAGGAAUACUUAACGUCUGUCAAACUCACUCGCCAGGUGGGAGAAUACGUGGCUGCAUUUAUAGAGUUUCUCGGAUCAGAGACUAAAGUCUCCUUCGACGAUAUUCAUAUCUUGGGGCACAGCCUGGGUGCCCAUGUAGCCGGAUUCGUUGGUAAUUAUGUCUCGCAGAAACUCGGCCGAAUCACCGGACUCGAUCCGGCUAGACCAGCGUACGAGACGCCGUAUCUGAAGGACACGGAAGAACGGCUGGAUUCUACAGACGCCAGUUUUGUGGAUGUUAUUCACACCUGUGCCGGCAGUGUAGGCUUCCUCAGGCCUAUUGGCCACGCGGACUUUUACCCGAACGGAGGAACAUUUAGGCAACCAGGAUGUCCAAUAUUUUCAGCUCAAUAUUGUAGCCACGGUAGAUCGCAUCAAUUUUUUGCCGAGUCCAUUGUGCGUCCUGAUGGCUUUAUCGGUAUGCAAUGCGAUAGUUGGAUGGAUUUUCAGCUUGGUAAAUGCGACGAUAAUUCUACCACGACUGUUAUGGGCGAAUUUAUCAGCACUGAUGCUCAGGGCACCUUUUAUCUGGAAACCAACGCGCAGCCACCGUUCGGGAAAGGCGAGCUGUAAUGAAAAUAUUUAAGUAUAAUUGCAUG